CAAACCAAAAAAAAUACGAUCUCAUUUGAAGACACAACUCCCACAGUUCAAAACUGAGCAAGCAAAUGUAGACAACGCGAAAAUCUCGUUUUCAAAAGUCCUUGAGCGUGUUCCUGAUUUUGGUGUUAUGAAUAUUCUUGUGAAAAUGUUUUAUUACCAAGCUCCUUCGGAAGAUAAAGUCUUGCCUGUAGAAUGUGAGAUUCUGAUAUCACCAAAUGGCGUUAAAAAAAGGCGUACUUACCAGAAAGAUGAGUACGGCAGUAAUUAUGAAUCCAGUAAAGUUGAAGAGAUCAUCUGCGAUCAUAAAGAUAUUGUAAGCCUCGACAUAAAUCAAUCCCAGUCUGGAGAAGUCAGCAUCCGCAUAAUUAGAAAGAACUUGUCUCCCGAGGUCGUUUUCGUCGAGGAUUCUAUGAUAAAAGCGAAAAGUCUUAUGACAUUGAUUGAUGGCUUUUAUCGUUUGCUUGUGAACCCAUACAAAACCUUAAUGAAAUGUGGAUCUGGUCAUAAUAAAUCAUCUGGAGAACUCCAUCAGCAAUUUGGGAUCAGUGGACCGAUUGAGCAAGAGAAGGUUGAUAAUCUCUUAAAGGCGGUAAAAACAGAAAACAGCAAUCCAUCUGGCGUUUAUAUGAUAUGCCAAAGUCCCAAACAUUUUGACAGUUAUAUCCUAUCACUCAUUCACGGCAAUGAAAUAAAGAAUUACGAAAUAUUAGUCGACCAUGGCAAGUACUGCCUAAAGGAUGGGCCCAUGUUUGACAGUAUGGUAAAACUUGUGGAGUUUUAUAAGACUGAACAGAUCGGUUUUCCGACGGUACUAACGAAAUAUUGUCCAGUCCCAACGGAAGUUGAUUCAAUAUGGACGCAAUCGGAAUACCGAGGUUAAACUGGUUGGCGAUGUACGUGUCAUUUUUUCCGACGAGUUUUGCAUUGGCAAAGGAAGCAACGAAACCCGUGUUUUUCUGGGACUGAGAAAGGAUGGUUACUGCAAAGCAGUAAAACGAAUACUUUGAGAUAACUGUAUCAAGAGUGCGCA